CUGUACUCCGUUCCUCCUACCUAGUACCUACCUACUACCAAGGUUUCCCAGAAAUAUGACCUUGCUUCCUCUUUCUCAUUAAUCACCAUCUCAACCCACCGACACCAACAUCUCAUCCAACAAUCACCUUCCAAUCCAACCGGGAAUUGGCUCUCGAUAAUUUUCUCUAAAUACAUCAAAGUCAAAAAAUGAUUACUCGGAGUAAUUAGAACAUUCCCCUUUUUUUCAAUACUUCAUCUUAUUCCCAUCCUCCAAUUACCCAGAAACCACGAUGAACAGCUCAUCGCCCCUCUCUUCGCCCCUCUCCAGCAUAGGCACCAUAUCAGAACCAUCAUCGCCUUCACCAGCCGUCGAUUACCCUUCUCCACCAUGUAGUAGUGUACCAGAUACGAGAGUCCCAUCCGAGGCAGGUGAUGCUCCGGAUUGCGAUGGUCCUCCCCCGGCCAAACGUCGUAAGAUGACGCAGCCAAAAUCGACAGAACCAAAACCCAGAACAACCGAGUAUCUCGACUUGCGCAACUUUGGGGAAGGGUCGCCAGAGCAAAUUGCACAACAAGAUGCGCAAAUGAAGCGUUUGGUAAGGGUUUUGCGAGGCAAGCGGAAGAUUGUGGUCGUGGCCGGUGCUGGUAUUUCGGUCUCCGCUGGAAUACCCGAUUUUCGAUCCUCCACUGGCUUGUUCUCAAGCCUUCGAAGUCAACAUAAAUUGAAAUCGUCUGGAAAGGAACUAUUCGACGCGUCGGUAUACAAAGAUGAUUCUUCGACAACCUCGUUUCAUUCUAUGGUUCGCGAACUAUCCCAUUUAACGAAAAAUGCCAAACCUACCCCCUUUCACCAUAUGUUGGCAACGCUUGCAGAAGAAGGCAGAUUAUUGCGACUUUACAGUCAGAAUGUGGAUGGGAUUGAUACCUCAUUGGAGCCCCUUGCCACAACGGUUCCAUUGAAUAGUAAGGGACCCUGGCCCAAGACGAUCCAACUUCACGGCGGUUUGGCCAAGAUGGUUUGCUCAAAAUGUGGUCACUUGGAAGAUUUUGAUGGGGCCCAAUUUGAAGGUCCAGAAGCGCCGGAUUGCGGUAAUUGUGUUGAAAUCGACUCGGUCAGAAUUGCAGCAGGUUCGAGAAGGCACGGAAUUGGCCGGAUGCGACCUAGGAUGGUUCUAUAUAACGAAUAUAAUCCAGACGAAGAGGCGAUUGGUGCAGUCAGCGCAGCGGAUUUGAAGAAAGUGGCCGAUGCAGUCAUUGUUGUCGGUACGAGUCUGAAGAUACCUGGAAUUCGGCGCCUUGUCAAGGAAAUGUGUAGUACAACUCGGGAUCGCAAAAAUGGAUUUACUGCCUGGAUAAACCUCGAUGGUGAGCCUGGUGGUCCCGAAUUCAAGGAUUGUUGGGAUAUGAUUGUGCGGGGCGAGUGCGAUGAGGUUGCUCGCCAUGCAGGCUUGCCAAAAUGGGACGACAAAGACCUCGGGCAAUAUCCUUUGAUUCUCAACGAGGUUGCAUGUGCAAAGAAACGUGGAAUUGACAAGGUUCUGGUUACACCUGCCCGCAGUACCGCAGCCGUGGAUGCAUUCCCAACACCGGGAGCCAGUCCAAGGGUGCAAUCGCCGACGCCCACAAACGCUUUCUCGAAGUUGAAGGCAAUCAAAAAACCAACGAGACCAUCAGAAAAGGCAGCUGCAACAAAUUCAACAAAGAGGAAGGCGCCGGCCGAUGCGAAGGUCAAGAAACCAAGGGCACCACCAAAGCCCAAGACGAAUACAAAAUCGAAGAAGCAAAUUCUACCUGGAGAAACCCUGAAGCUCUCCAUGGCUACUACCAAAUCAUCGGGUAAUGGAGAAGCCAAGAAUGUGAAGGGCAAUCCCAGGAAGAAAUUGCCCUCGAAACCGGAAAAAUUGGAACCAGUAAAACUGGAGAAUCCAAUCUCAGUUACUCCUACCUCCGUAUUAUUUCCAAAUCUAAAGUCCACGGUGCCCGUUGUAGCAAUACCUUUACCUACUCGUUCAGGAACUACUUCCCCUAGAAAGGUCGCACCGCUAUCUACUCGUCGUCAAGAUACUACUCCUUCCAAGCAAGUUACAUCCUCAGCUCUAUCUGACACACGCACUAUUCCUGAGACUCCGAGUCCUCCUGGGAGUCCUCCUUUUGAUCGCAACGAAACGAUCACCCCUCCUUCUAAACCUAACAAAAUGGAGCACCUCAUUGAUUAAAAUAAUCUUGAGGUCGAUUCAGCACCUUUUUGUUUCCUUGUUUGUACAUAAGACCAUUUUUUGUUACAUUAUUCAACCGCUACAGAACAUUCAUGUUUUAUGUUAGGCGGCUUGGUAUCUUCCUGUCAUAAACCCACAGGGUUUGGAGUCUCUGGCGUUCUUCCAUUCAUGAUCAUACGAAUUCUUAUGACAUGAUAUGGUUCCAAAUCACAUUACAGGCGGCGUAUUGGGUUUCAUUAUCACACAUAUGGAUUCACGGAUGGUUCUUAUGUAUCGGCUUAGCAUUUCACAUGCAACCAUGAUACAAAUAAUAUUGUAACCUUAGAUUUUUUCUUUUUUUGGAAGUCCAUUUGUUCAUGUUAUCGAAUAAAUGGCAGGCGUUUUGGUCCUUUUUCUGUUGAUCCCUAGUCGGAUCGAUACAGGAAAGAAAUAUUGGGUUGGUUUUUUGCAUUGCUGGGGAGUAGAGAGGCUUGAUAUGGGCUUUCAUGGAUGUGCUGGGAGGUUUCACUUUAAGGAAUCGGUAACGAAAAGACGCAAAGAAAGUGAAAGUUGCCAGGAUGCAGAUUGUGGAGGUAGAUGAACACAAAUGCGAAUGAGAAGAAGAAGAAGAAGAAGAAAGGAGAAUGUGGAGAGAAAACCAGAGCAUGUUAUAUUCUUAAAGUACAUACACAAUACAAGGUCCCGAGAUACCUUUCUGUACAUAGAUAAAUGUGGUACUUUGGGAACAAGCGUGGGGGAAUGUGUAAUGAUAGAAUGCUUUGUGUGUUGCAUGCAGCCCUCGAAAAU